UUGUCAUAAAAAAAGAACGGAUGCAAAUUUUAGAUCAAUAUCAUUAGUUGUAGUAUUAUUUAGUAGUAGUACGCAGGAAGUAACUUGCGGAUGUUUUAAAUAUAUUUGAAAAAUAAACUACGCAGGUUCGUUUAAUUUUUUAAAGAUUACCAUAAGAAGUGCAGAAUAAUAUAUUACAAGAAUAACAAUUAAUUGAGAUUCAGAAUGUCAAUAGCACUGUUAUAUUUUUGCUUCACGAUUUUAAUUUUUCAGUUAUUAAACAGUUGUUUAUGUCAAUUUGAUUAUGAAAGUGAAAGUUCUAUAAUAUCAACUAAUUUAUUACAAGAAGAAGUAGAUGAAGAUUAUAAUGAAAUUCAAGAUGACAAAGUAGAUAUAAUUUCAGGAUGGUCCACAAUUUGUUCGGGAACAAGCAGUCCGGUUAUGUGCGAAUUGGUUAGAAUUAAAUCGUCUGGAAAAUGGUCUGAGAAGGAUUCAAAUGAUCAGUUUUUAGACCGCCAAAAAAGAGAAGCGAUUGUACAAGAGGGUAGCGAGAUGCCACCAGAAGCUACAUAUCGAACACCUAGAGAAGUUGAAUCCCUAACAUCAUCAAUGCCAGAUCCUUCUAUGAAACCUAAGUUGCCUGACAAAGGUAAUCCUUCUCAGGAAGUUCCCCCACCCGAAGUUAAUCCCGGAAAAAGUGAUGUGACUACAUUAGAACCGGGUGCAGAAACUUUGGAUCCAUCAUUGGUAGAUGUUGAUUCUGGUGGAGAUGGUUGUAAUUACGAUUUUAUAUCAAUCAUAUUUAAAUGUGGCCUGAACUUAAUCACAAGUAUUUUCGGUCUAUCAGAUACCUGUUGUAAAGAUAUACUUUAAACAAGCUCAAUGAAAAUGAUUUGUGAUAUCAGCUAAUUUUAUUAUUCACCAUUACAUUAUGUUUUAAACAAUUAUUCAUGAAUUUGGGUGUUGAGUUCAAAAUUAACGUUUUAAAUAAAUCAAAUAUUUAUUAUUAGUUAAUCAAGACGUAAUACAUUAGAAUAUUAUUUUUUUAGUUUACGUGAAAAUUAAUUUUAUAAUGUGAUACGUACCAGUUAUUUUUUGCUUC